CUACACUGUGAAAGUUCGGGACAAGCGGUGCGUCUCUGCUGCUGGACAGUCCGCCUUCACUGUCAGCCCACUGCUCUCUCCUCUGUCUAACCUUUACCAAAUCUUCCAGACAGUCGUCAAAAUGACCGUGACUCAAGACCAGCCGCUGACCUAUGCCAAAAUGAGAGGGCUUAUGUCGUUUUUCUCAGCUCUGCUCAAGGGGAAGAAAGUUGGCUUCAGUGGCUUCUUACACAAAUGUGUUUCCACUCAGCAAUUCUGCCAACACCUGGACACCCAGAAAAUCCUGCAGCGACAGAGCAAGCUGAAAAGAGAGAAGGAGAGAGGCACCUUGAGCUCAGCGAGCACAGCAACCUCACAGAUGAAGCCAUCAGAUUUUGACUACCUCAAAGUUAUCGGUAAAGGAAGCUUUGGAAAGGUGCUGCUGGCAAGACACAGAAAACGUGGAGGCUACUAUGCUGUCAAAGUGCUGCAGAAACAGAUGAUUGUCAAGAGGAAAGAGCAGAGGCAUGUGAUGGUUGAGAGGAACGUGCUGCUAAAGGGACUACAACAUCCAUUCCUAGUGGGGCUCCAUUUCUCUUUCCAGACACUGAACACGCUCUACUUUGUCCUGGACUACGUUAAUGGAGGGGAGCUUUUCUACCACCUUCAGAGGGAGGGGUCAUUUCCUGAACCCAGGGCUGCUUUCUACGCUGCAGAGAUGGCCAUGGCGUUGGGCUACCUCCACUCUCUUAACAUAGUUUACAGAGACGUCAAACCAGAGAACAUCCUGCUGGACAGUGAGGGCCAUGUGAAGCUGACUGACUUUGGGCUAUGUAAAGAGGGAGUGGCCAUAGGCGGGAUCAUGCAUACGUUCUGUGGGACUCCUGAGUACCUUGCUCCAGAGGUGCUACGAGGCCACCCGUACAGUCCAGUGGUGGACUGGUGGGGCCUCGGCACUGUGCUGUUUGAGAUGAUCUAUGGGCUGCCUCCAUUUUACAGCCGUAACAAAGUGGAGAUGUUUGAGAACAUACUUCACGCUCCUCUGCAGAUGCGUAGUGGGGGGUCUCAGGCUGCACGCUCACUAUUAGAGGGACUGCUGGAAAGAGACGUCUCCAAACGCUUAGGAGGGAGCCGUGACCUUGAGGAGCUGCAGGAACAUCCCUUCUUUGCAUCCAUCAACUGGGACGACCUCCUGGCCCGGAAAGUUAGACCCCCGUUCAUCCCCAAAGUGACUGGUCCCUGUGAUGUCAGCUACAUUGACCCCGAGUUCACGAUACAGCCUGUCCCUGCCUCUGUGAAUGAGUGGUGCCAGAAGGGCGAGGUCAGCGAGGUCUUCCCAGGAUUCUCCUUCAUGAACCCAUUGGAGUACGUGGCAGCAGAGCCGAUUUUAUAACAACGCCAAAUCCUCUGGGAGCAUGUUUCUUCAAAUAUUUAUUUUUUAUGUCAUAAAUUAUUAAACCAAAGUCUAUUUUUAAACA